CAGAGUGAAAGGCGUAAGAAUGGGGCAUAUUGGAAGAGCAAAGUUAGCCAUGGCGUUGCUUCUGCUUGCAUGGAUUGGACUGGAAGAGAGGAGAUGUUCAGGUGCUGUGGUGCAAUUCAUCUUCGGAGAUUCGUUGAGUGAUGUUGGGAACAAUAACUAUCUGACCAGGAGCUUGGCUCGUCCAGCUUUGCCAUGGUAUGGGAUUGACUUCGGCAAUGGAAUGCCCAGUGGAAGGUUCACUAAUGGCCGCACCAUUGCUGACAUAGUAGGUGAUACAUUGGGUCUCCCAAGGCCUCCAGCUUUCCUUGAUCCUUCGCUGGAUGAUGAGGCUAUACUCAAUAAAGGAGUCAAUUAUGCAUCAGGAGGCGGUGGAAUCUUGAAUCAAACCGCAUCACUUUUUAUUCAAAGAUAUUCACUGUGGAAACAAAUCGAACUGUUUAAAGGAACUCAAGAUAUGAUAAGAUUGAAGAUUGGCGACGAAGCCGCUGACAGGUUCUUCAAGCAAGCUCGUUAUGUUGUAGCCAUGGGAAGCAACGACUACAUCAACAACUUUCUGGUGCCAAUUUAUCCUGAUUCAUGGAAUUACAAUGGAGAGACUUUCACGAACUACCUCAUCACUACACUUGAGAGCCAAUUAACGGUUUUGCACUCGCUGGGAGUAAGGAAGAUGACAUUAUUCGGUUUAGGCCCACUGGGUUGCAUCCCAUUGCAGAGGUUUUUGGCUUCAUCUGGGCAGUGCCAAGAGUCUACAAACAAGCUAGCUCUCAUGUUCAAUAGCAAAUCUAAGAAUCUCCUGGAGAACUUGUCAAGAACUCUUCCAAAUGUUACUUUUAAGUUUGGAGAUGCUUAUAGUUUAUUUCAGAAAAUUAUAGAUCGCCCAAAAACCUAUGGUUUUACAAACUCAAGUGCUCCUUGCUGCUCGACAGGAAAUAUCAGACCUGCUAUCACAUGCACGCCAUUGUCAAGCUUGUGCAAAGAUAGAAGCAAGUAUGUGUUCUGGGAUGAGUAUCACCCUACAGACAAAGCAAAUGAAUUGAUAGCGAACUCAUUCGUGAAAGCACUAAACUUCGGGAAACCAAAAAAAGGGACAAAUUAAAAAGUUGUACCAUAAGAAAAUCAAGAGGAAUAUCGAAUUGAAUAUUUUGCUUAAUAUCGGUUAGUAUUGAUGUUAGCAUAACAUAAAUACUGAUCAAUAUUAAACUUAAAAUUGAGCUAAAAUCUCUUUGAAAAAAGAAGAGUGUGUGAAUAGCUAAUGUAAUUUGUGUGCGAUUGUUGUUAUAUACAGCUUGAGAAAGUUCCAAAUAGUGAUGUACAGUGGUCACUAUUUAAAAUUAAUGCAUCUGAGAAAGGUGUCUACGUGCAUGGUAUAUUGACAACUCAUUUACUUCUUGUGUAAAUGGUAAUAAAUAUAUUUUAGAUGAUAUAAUAAAUGAUAUUUUGUCUUGUU